GUACUAUUUUAUUUUGAAAUGCUGUACUGUAUAAACGUACUGUAGUGCAUUACAUGAAAAUAUGCUCAUUCAUAUUGUCAUUUGUGUGUUAUUGAUUCCAGGGUGUUGGCAGGGCCAUUUGCAAGUAUGAUUUUAGGAGAUCUAGGAGAUCUAGUCAUUAAAGUAGAGAGACCAGGAGUUGGUGAUGAUAUAAGAACCUGGGGCCCUCCGUUUGUAGGAAAAGAAAGUGCCUAUUUCCUCAGUGUGAACUGUAACAAAAAGAGUACAGCAGUGAUUCUUAAGGAUCCUAAAGGGGCUAAUAUAAUCAAGGAGGUUGCCUGCCUUACUCACAGAAGCGAAGCGAAAAGAUGGGGAACAGCACAUGAAAGCAUUAUUCCUUAA